UUCGGAGAAGGGAAUGUUACUUCACGUAGUAGAUAGACGCUAUAAUUGUGAUAACAUUUAGAGGCAUCUGCAGGGCACAAGGGGACAAGAAAUAACAUUGUUUUAUAAAAUGUAUGGUUUUGUGAAUCAUGCCUUGGAACUUUUGAUAUUAAGAAAUUACGGCGCUGAAGUAUGGGAAGAUAUCAAAAAGGAAGCACAGCUGGAUGUGGAAGGACAGUUUCUGGUCAGAAUCAUUUACGAUGACACCAAAACAUAUGACCUAGUUGCUGCAGCAAGUAAAAUCCUCAAGAUAAAUGCCGGUGAGAUUCUACAAAUGUUUGGGAAAAUGUUUUUUGAGUUUUGCCAGGAGUCUGGUUAUGAUACAAUCCUGCGUGUUUUAGGAUCAAAUGUUCGGGAAUUCUUGCAGAACCUUGAUGCUCUACAUGACCACUUGGGUACCAUCUAUCCUGGAAUGCGGGCACCAUCCUUUCGAUGCACAGAUGCAGAAAAAGGAAAUAACCUCAUUUUGCACUAUUACUCUGAACGAGAAGGACUGCAAGAUAUAGUUAUCGGGAUCAUCAAAACAGUGGCCCAGCAGAUCCAUGGAACUGAAAUAGAAAUGAAGGUUAUACAACAGAAGAGUGAGGAGUGUGAUCAUAUUAAAUUCCUUAUUGAGGAGAAAGACUCAGAAGAGGAGGCGUUUUAUGAAGACCUGGAUGGGUUUGAGGAGAAUGGUACACAGGAAACCAGAAUCAGUCCGUAUACUUUCUGCAAGGCGUUUCCCUUCCACAUCAUGUUUGACAGAAACCUUGAACUGACUCAGUGUGGCAAUGCUAUCUUCCGUGUGCUUCCACAGCUCCAGCCUGGAGACUGCAACCUGGUUUCAGUUUUCUCACUGGUCCGCCCACACAUCGACUUCAGUUUCCAUGGAAUCCUAUCACACAUCAACACUGUGUUCGUUUUGAGAAGCAAGGAGGGUUUGCUGAAUGUAGAAAAGUCAGAGUGUGAAGAUGAGUUGACUGGUGCUGAAAUCAGCUGCUUGCGGCUCAAGGGCCAGAUGAUCUACCUGCCUGAAGCUGACAACAUCCUCUUACUUUGUUCCCCCAGUGUGAUGAAUCUUGAUGACCUGACUAGACGAGGACUGUAUCUGAGUGACAUCCCGUUACACGAUGCCACACGCGAUCUCGUCCUCUUAGGGGAGCAGUUCAGGGAAGAGUACAAGCUGACCCAGGAGCUCGAAAUCCUGACUGACAGACUGCAGCACACUCUCAGAGCACUGGAGGAUGAAAAGAAGAAGACAGACAGGCUGCUGUAUUCAGUUCUUCCACCUUCUGUGGCCAAUGAGCUGAGACACAAACGUCCUGUUCCAGCAAAGCGAUAUGACAAUGUGACAAUCCUCUUCAGUGGCAUUGUGGGAUUCAACGCCUUCUGCAGCAAGCAUGCCUCAGCAGAGGGAGCCAUUACAAUUGUCAACCUCUUAAAUGACCUUUACACAAGGUUUGACAUUCUGACAGAUUCACGAAAGAAUCCCUAUGUUUACAAGGUGGAGACUGUGGGGGACAAGUACAUGACUGUGAGUGGUCUACCAGAGCCAUGCACCCAUCACGCUCAAUCCAUCUGCCACCUGGCCCUGGACAUGAUGGAGAUAGCGGGGCAGGUUAAGGUUGACCAUGAGCCAGUACAGAUCACUAUCGGUAUACACACUGGAGAAGUGGUUACUGGUGUGAUUGGGCAAAGGAUGCCUCGUUACUGUCUGUUUGGAAAUACUGUCAACCUCACAAGCAGAACAGAAACCACGGGAGAAAAAGGGAAGAUCAAUGUUUCAGAAUAUACUUACAGGUGAGAGAGUAGAAUUUAUUUAUUUAUCAUUAUGUUUAUAUGCAUUAAGUGUUAAGUUGUGUGAUAAGCAAGCCUGCUGAAAUAUACACAUUUAAAAUACCGGAAAAAUCUUACUGUUGACCAUGAUGUUGAUCUCUAACCUAUUCUAGAUAGUGUGACUCAUUGGUUUGUAGAGGAUAAAGGCCAAACAGUUUGAGAAUGUUUUUCUUUUUAGUUCACAGCUGUAUUCCAUGCAUCUCAACUAAAAACAAUUGACAUUUGGCAGCCAUAUUAGCUUUAAGUUUCUGCUGCAUAUUCAGAAUAUCAGAAAGCAGUUGUAUGCAUGCAUCCCAAUGAAUUGCUAGCUGAGGUUGAAUUGGAGCAGCGUCUGCACCUACAGCUAUGGCCAAACAUUUUGCAUCACCCUAUAGAAUUAAUUCGAAUGAAACCUGCUGAGUAAUGUUACGUUAAUAUACUGAAUUGCAUACCGCUUUGUAGUUUUCCAUAUACUUAACGAAAAACUGACAAAAACUGAAAAAUGUGACAUUUCAAAAUCUAACAUGAAAUACUGUACUACUAGUAUGGCUUCCGGUAGACUUUUGCAGUAUCAUUUUGGAGUUUUUUUGAUUACAUGAUGUUAAAUAAAAAAAUGUUCACAUAGUUUUUUUAUUUUUCAUUUUAUUAAUUAUGUCUCCAACCUACAAUUCUACAUGAUGCAAACGUUUUGGCCAUAGCUGUACAAUGUUUAAACACAUUUUUUUUAAACUCACAAAUACAGUUUGAUCUUCAUGUGUUACACUGACACGGAACCAAUGUAGGUCAUUUUCAAGUUUACUGUACAUCCAUUACGAACCCAGAGACAGUUCUA